AUGGCAGCGGUGGUUGCGACUGGUGCAAAUGCACAGAAUUUGCCCCCUAUCAGGAGAGCAACACCAAAACCCAUGGUCCUCGCGGACCCGCCCCGAUCCAUGGACGACAUCGCGGAACGGGCCCGCAAGGUGCUUAAUCACAUCGAAAACAAUGGCAUGGAAGACCGAUACGUCACUGGAUAUAUUCGUGCCGCGCUGACCAAAAUCAACAUCGACACCGAACGUCUGAACCAGCGAAUUGACACCAUCGAAAGAACAACCAGCACCUUAUCGACGAAUUUAUCCAACCCCGCGGCGAACUCUGCGGCAGCGUGGCGCAACUUCCGAGCCAGAGAAUGGCAGCGCGACCUGGCCAAGGCUGCGGCACCCAACAUCCGGAGCAACGGCACGUCGUCUCCAGGAGUACCGGAAAUCGAACUUCGCGAGGGCCGUGAGGUCAUCGUCAAAGUCGAACCAAACCGUGAACAAAUCCGUGGAUUGACGCCAAAGGAUCUGGUUGAACGGGCAGAACGACAAAGGACAACAAAUGCCCGGCAGAAGAAUUCUGGGGUACUGGCUGGACAAGCCUCAUUCGUUGCGGCCUGA